GACUCUUCAUAACCAGCGAAGAUGGAUGCGCCGAUGGAUGACGCGGCCAUGGAGCAGUAUGCUGAUGUACGAUCCUUAUUGAUAAUCCACUUGAAGAGCUGUGAAUUCUACUCACAACGAAGGUUGAAUUUGCUCACACUGCCUCGUAACCGUGCCAACAGUGGCUCGACAAUUUGGAGAAGACGGAUCCGGAAAGCUAUAACCAGUUCAUCGCUACAAUGCAGAGCCAGAUGCAAGCUGCUGGACUGGGACCGGAAGGCUCUGCUGGUGCACCACAAAGUGACGCAGACGCAGCACUGUUCGACAUGCUCAAGAGCUCGGCAGGUGCUCGGGGAGGAGCUGCGGACGCCAAUUCGACAGAUUUUAAACCUCGGUUUCCUGGUGACAAGGUCAUGGGGGAGGACGGCUUGAAAGCCACUCCCGAGGGGAUGUAUAUCGAUGUAAAACCUGGUUUCGUGAUGAAGAUGACCGACGUCAAGAGCAAGAAGAAGGUUUUUGUAAAUGUAGUAUAUGCCGAUGAAAUUCAAGCGUUCUCAGAGAAGAAGAAGCUAGACGACGAGGGAAAGGAGCAAGAAGGAAUUCACGUACCACUUAGUCUAGGUGCGCCACAUGAGGUGAAGGAUAAGAAAGGAGUGAGCUCGCUGGCUUUUGACGUGGCGGUGAAUACAAAGGUGGUGGAAGACUGCCAAGUUGACAAAACAGGAGCCUUCCGCAACUUUGUGUGUGAGCUCGCCAUCGAGUACAUCGACCAGAAGUACAAAAUCAAGCUCGAUGAUCGCUACAAACUGCCGCGGCUGACAUAUCGUGGAGAACUACCGCCGCCGAAGCACUACAUUCGCAAAACGCAAGCUCCAAUCAUCCAAGAAGUUGCUGCGAACAAAGCAACUGUGCUAAAGAAAACUGGGAAGGCAAAAUCUGCUGCAAAGAAAACAGUAACCGCAUCGAACGCACCUAAGACAGCUACAGCGAAGUAUGAUAUGUUUGAGGAGCGCAACGACAGCCGUAAGGUUUGCUCGAGGCUGCCUUCUGUGUCGAAGGACAGUACACCACUGUCGCCUGAGGUACUGGAGCAAGCAGGGGAUCGGUUAGUCGUCUCCAUUCAGUUUCAAAACAAGAUUAAAGCAGCAAGUGACAUCGGGCUGGAAUUGCAUGCUGAGCUAUUGAGCGUCAAGGCCGCUACUCACCAUGAUUUGGAUAUCUUUCUUCCGUAUCCCGUAGAUUUAGACUCUUCUAAACUUUGCUUGGAUCAGAGUCGCAACACGAUGGAGAUAGCAUUCCGAAUCGAUAAGUCGUGGAAUAAUGUUGGACCCGACUGCGGCUCAGCUCCAUGGCUACUAGCUCGAGCGCUGAACGAAGAAAAUGAGGCUCAAGGUGGCGAUAAAGAGGGAAGAACAACGGCUACAUCUAGAAAACCCAAGUCACUAGUGGAGAUGUUCCAUCUUGCCAAUGCAGCGGAGUCCAAUGACAGAUCACUUGGUAGUGGACUUACAUCGAAAACUACUCCUCGCUGGGACCCUGUACUAGAAGACGAAGAACUACCAGAGGACAGAUUUCACCGGAAGGAUAUGAUGUCCAUGCACAUCUUGGAACAGCGACGAAUUGAACGUGAACAAAAAGCGAAGGAAGCCGAGACCAAGCGGAAGCAGAGACGUGCUGAGGUAGAGGAAAUGCAAAAGAAAGCGACAGAGGCUGGGAAAACAUGGCGUGAAAUGUAUCCGAGCGAGCCGGAGACGACCUAUAUCGAUAUGGAAGACAUUGUUCGGCAGGAAAAAGAGCGACUCGAUCGGCAUCAGGAACAGCAAAAAGAAGAGGAAGAUCCAACCAGAGAGUGUAUGCCCACAGAGGACGCAGUGCGAUUGGCUGCGAAAUGGUCCGAGAACAACGAGAACAGCAACCUCGACCUGCAGUCUGCAUUGGCUUUUGAUCUGCUCUAACUCAUCUAAAAUGUAGAUUCUAGAUCAAGAAUUUAGAUUGCCAACACC